CGUCUUCUCCUCUUUCCCGCGAUCAAAAUUGAAUUCGUGCCAGUAACAUUGUGCCGCGCAUGCGCACAGUAUCCUGGGAGAGUGCCAAUUGAAAAUAUAUUCAAUCCUACGCGUGGUAUCUUACUGGUGUGAGGAAAUUUGAUCGAAUAACAAUGUGACAAAUCGUAUUUUCUUGCGAUGAGAUCAUAUGGGAAACAUGACCAAUACCAUCGAUCGGGAAGAUCCAAAAUUCGAUCGCGUAUUUCCGUUUUGUUAUCGUUGUAUUCCGAUUGCUUUGCCAAUUGCGUUAUCAAACGAUAACAAACCGUUAUUUUGAGAUCGAACUGACGACCAUGGCUUUUAUUAGAAUUGUUACACCUGAUAGUACAGAAUACAGAUAUUUUCCUAUCACAAGAUCUAAUAUUAGACUGAGUGUGCAAGCUGCACACGAUGCAAGAAUUUCCUUACGUACACAUUUAGGUGGAGAUUCAAAUAUAUAUGAAAUUAUUAUUGGAGGAUGGAGAAACACAAUAUCAAUGAUAAAAAGGAAUAAUCAAGAACAAGGUGUGACAGCAACAGAAACAAGAAACAUACUAAAUGAUCAGCACAUGUGCAAUAUUUGGAUUCAAUGGUACUGUGAUGGAACUUUACAAGUUGGCUAUCAAAGUGGCGUAGUUUUUUUGUCAUACAAAGACAAAAAUCCGUUUGUUAUAAAUUACAUAGGAGUAGGCACUGUGUGGGGUGCAACUGGUGAAUUUCUGAUAGAAGAAUCGCCAUAUACAUCUGUAGUUGUUAGACAACAAAUGGUGGACACUUCUUAUUGUUGGAUAGAUUAUAAUGAAUUAGAUGAUUUUCCUCAAAAUGCUGUAAUGGCCUCGGAAGAUGGUUUGUACAUAGGUCGUGCUCAUCACAGAGAGUCACUUACACCUGGUGGUAUUAGGAAUAAUAUAUGUAUAAUUCCAUGGGGUGGAGCUUCUCAUGAUAAAACGAAUUUUCAAAUAUUUUGCGGUAAAGAAGUAAACUGGGUAAAAUCAUGGGAAGGCAGUGUUCCUUUAUAUGCUCUUCCUGCCGGUGAAUCGGAAGACGGCUAUGCUCUUUUUAUAGGCAGAGUUCUACACGACGGUAUAUAUCACGUAGGAAAGAUACAACCGAAUCAUCAAGCAUGUUAUAUACCCGUACAUGGGCGCGAAGAACGUUAUAUAGAUUAUGAAACUUUGGUCGUUUGUGAUCACUACGCCGCGGAAUAUGUUGGUAGAUAAAACGUUCCUCUACGUGGAAAAUAGUUAUUUUUCAUAAGUAUUCAAAAGUAUUUUUCAAAAUAUUUUUUUAUAUCGUAAAUAUGUAAUUGUAUCCCUAAUUUAAUAGGAAAUUUAAAAGAAAACUAAAAAUGUCAUCAUAACAGCUUUAAAGAAUAAUUACGUAUUGCAUAUUUACUGAGAGAUUAAGUUUUGUACUUGUACAUACGUAUUUAUUCGUACUUUGUGCAUUUGCAUAAUUACGGAUAUUAUGUUCAACGUCUAAUGGCUGUCAUUUUAAAUUCAAACAUUUUUUUCGAAUAAUUGGCAAAAUAACUAAUAGAUUAUUUAUGAUUUUAAAAAAUACACGAUUUUUUGUAAGCAUAAAUAUUGCAGAUGAUCAGAAAUAAAAUUACAAAAUAAGAAAAAAGUUCUAAAAGUAUUCUACAUAUUACAUGUACAUUGAAAAUGAUAAUUUCCAACUAAUGAUAAUUACACAAUACGUAAUAA